AUGAAAGAACUGAAGGGUAAUCAAGAAAAGCCUGAUGAGCAUUUGGUAAAUGUAGAGUCUAAAAAAUUUGUGAUGCCCUUACAGCAAGAAAUGAAUGAGACUUUGGGUUGUGUCUUGCAGAUAACCUGCUAUGACAAGAAGCUGAGGCAGACAGAGCCUGAACAGCUGAGUGACCUCAUAGUAGUACCACUGCACUCCAGAGUAAAUGGCUGGUCUUUACCUCUUCACUCGUUCCAGCUAAUCACCCUGUUGCUUUAUUCAUACUUGGCCAUUGUGGGCUUUGGUAUCUACAUACCUCUUCUCCCAUAUGAUUGGAAGUAUGUUGCCUAUGCUGUGAUCGGCGUAAUUUUUGUGCAUCACUUAAUCACUCAUUUUGUUGCAAUUGCGAUUGAUCCAGCAGAUCAAAACAUAUUGACUAAGAAAAAUUAUGACAAACCCAUGCCAAUUUUUGACCGAAGCAAAUGCAAGCAUGUUAUUCAGAACCAGCACUGUUAUCUUUGUGAAGCUGACAUCGGGCCAAAGACAAAACACUGUAGUACCUGCAAUAAGUGUAUUGCAGACUUCGACCACCACUGUAAUUGGCUUAAUAACUGUGUUGGAAGCAGAAAUUACUGGUUUUUCUUCAACGCGGUUGCUUCUGCUGUUGCCGGGAUCCUUCUGCUGAUAUUGGUGAUCCUGUAUGUCUUCAUCCAGUAUUUUGUGAAUCCAGCACUACUCCGCACAUCUCCUCAGUUUGAAAAUUUAAGUGGAAAUGACACUUGGCUGGUAUUUCUUCCUAUUGCUCCGAUAGAGAUGAAAACAGCUGGAAUCCUGGCUUUAGCAGCAUUAACUAUGUUUUUGGGAUUUGCGUCCUUCUUGCUACUUGGACAUUUAUUAUUGUUUCAUCUUUAUCUCUUGGGUAAGAAGAUGAACACAUAUGAAUAUGUGACUCGACAUCGAAUGAAACAGUGUGCUAUAUCUCGGGAAAUGAGCACGGAGACAACUUCAGAGUCGGCUGGCAGAACGGAAUCUUUACAAGAAGUAGCUCAAGUAAGAAUACCAGAUGAUAUCAAACACUCCUCUAUAUCAGGGCAUGUGCGGUGUGUUAAGGAUAAAAUCUGUGAAGAUAAAGUCUAA